UCCUAAAUCAAGAUGGCAAGUGUUGCUAGAGAAAUUUUAAGAUCCUCCAAAAAGCUGUGCAGCUAUGCAGUUAGAAGACAGCUUCACUUACAACCUGCCAGGGCUGCCCUAGCAAGUUCUGAACCUGUGUCCAAGCCUGAAGGCCACCAAACUGUAACAAUGGUGCCAGGAGAUGGAGUCGGGCCAGAACUAAUGGCCAGUGUCAGGGAGGUUUUCACAGCAGCUGGUGUUCCUGUAGACUUUGAAGAAGUUUUUGUCAGUGAGGUGCAACCAGCUCAAAGUGCAUCACUGGAGACAGUCGUUGAAUCACUCAGGCGCAAUGGAGUGGGAUUGAAAGGCAUUAUAGCUACACCCUCUCAAAUGUCUGGUGGAAUUCUUCAGACACUAAAUAUGCAAAUGAGGAAUCACCUUGACUUAUACGCCAAUGUGGUCCUCAUUAAGAGUCUGCCAGGUUAUAAAACACGCCAUAACAACCUGGAUUUUGUCAUAAUACGUGAACAGACUGAGGGAGAAUACAGCGCAUUGGAGCAUGAGAGUGUUCCUGGAGUAGUGGAGAGCUUGAAAAUUAUUACAAGAAAAAAUUCAAUGAGAAUUGCCAAAUUCGCUUUUGACUAUGCUACAAAACACAACAGAAAAACAGUAACUGCAGUGCAUAAGGCAAACAUCAUGAAACUUGCCGAUGGUUUAUUUCUGGAGUGCUGUCGUGAUGUUGCCAAGCUUUACCCAAAGAUCAAACUGGAAACUAUGAUCAUAGACAACUGCUGUAUGCAGCUUGUGUCGAACCCUCACCAGUUUGAUGUCAUGGUGAUGCCAAAUCUUUAUGGAAACAUAGUUGAUAAUCUCGCUGCAGGACUAAUAGGUGGUGCAGGCGUCACCCCUGGCGAGAGUUACUCAAAUAACGUUGCCAUAUUUGAACCUGGUGCUAGACAUCCCUUUGCUGAGGGUCUGGGUAAGAAUAUAGCUAACCCUACUGGAAUCCUCAUGUGCGCUGCCAACAUGCUCCGUCACAUGAAUCUCAGCUUUUAUGCCAAAGUGGUUGAAGAGGCAGUAGGGAAAACAAUCAAGUCAGGGAAGGUGAGGACACCAGACAUGGGAGGAUAUUCUACAAACAGUGACCUUACAAAUAUGAUCAUCAGAAAUCUAUAACAGUUAAACUUUUCUCAAGGACCAGGGUCAAAUAUAUCUGUGUGUCAUUUAUGUGAGAUACAUGUAC